GACAGGCAAAAAAAAAAAAAAGAGCUCGAUUUUCCUCCUCGUUCACAGUAAGUUGGACUCUUUACCCAAGAGUAUAUAUAUACAGGAAGAGGGAAAGUGCUUUAUGCACAGUCUUGUGGUUUCAUAGCUUCACCCUGAGCCUGGGACACCAUGUCUGCCGUCGAUGUCCAGAACCACGCUGCCAAGGAUUCUCCUUCUGCCUGUAGAGAGAACCAGAAGCGCACCAUGAGCGCAGGAGAUGAGCAGAACCACGAGCAGAACCACGGGCCCGAACGUGCUGGGGUCCCGCCGAACCCGGGCCUGCCCGUGCCCGUUGCCGACCUCAAGAUCACGCACACCAAGAUAUUUAUCAACAAUGACUGGCACGAGUCCAGCUGCGGGAGGAAGAUUCCGGUGUUUAACCCGGCCAAUGGGGAGCUCAUCUGUGAAGUCGAAGAAGGGGUCCAAGAAGAUAUCGAUAAGGCUGUGAAAUGCGCCAGGGAGGCCUUCCAGCUGGGGUCGCCGUGGCGACGGAUGGACGCCUCUGAAAGGGGGCGGAUGCUGAACAAGCUGGCUGACCUGGUGGAGCGGGAUCACCUGAAACUAGCCACUCUAGAGGCCAUGGACUCCGGGAAACUGUUCCUGAUGGCAUACUUUGUGGAUUUGAUGGGUACAAUCAAAACACUGCGUUACUAUGGAGGAUGGGCGGACAAGAUCCAGGGCAAGACUAUCCCUGUGGAUGGGGAGUAUUUCACAUUCACAAGGCAUGAACCAAUCGGCGUGUGCGGCCAGAUCAUUCCGUGGAACUUCCCGCUGAUGAUGUUUGCAUGGAAGAUCGCCCCUGCGCUGAGCUGUGGGAACACGGUAGUGAUAAAGCCGGCGGAGCAGACUCCUCUCACGGCUCUGCACAUGGCCUCUCUCAUCAAAGAGGCUGGAUUCCCGCCCGGCGUGGUGAACAUCGUCCCGGGAUAUGGCCCCACCGCCGGCCACGCCAUCUCCCACCACAUGGACAUCGACAAAGUGGCGUUCACAGGAUCGACCAAUGUCGGGAAGCUGAUAAAGAAGGCUGCAGGAGAGACUAACCUCAAACGCGUCACCUUAGAGCUCGGAGGGAAGAGCCCCAACAUCGUGUUUGCAGACUCCGACCUGGAGCACGCGGUGGAGCAGGCCCACCACGGCCUGUUCUUUAACCAGGGCCAGUGCUGCCUGGCAGGCUCCAGGGUGUUCGUGGAGGAGCCCAUCUACGAGGAGUUCGUCCGCAGGAGCGUGGAGAAGGCCCAGAAGAGGGUCCUGGGAAACCCGCUGGUCCCGGGGGUGGAUCAGGGUCCACAGAUUGAUAAAGUGCAGUUUGAUAAGAUCCUGGAGCUGAUUGAGAGUGGGAAGAAGGAAGGGGCAAAACUGGAGUGUGGGGGCGGGGCCUGGGGGCAGAAGGGACUGUUCAUCCAGCCAACCGUCUUCUCCGACGUCACGGACGACAUGCGCAUCGCCAAGGAGGAGAUAUUUGGACCGGUCCAGCAGAUUAUGAAGUUCCGGAGUAUAGAUGAGGUCAUUAAGAGGGCAAAUAACACGCACUACGGUCUGGCGGCCGGGGUCUUCACCAACGACAUAAACAAGGCUCUGACCAUCGCUGCUGCACUGCAAGCCGGCACUGUGUGGGUCAACUGCUACAACGCCAUGAGUUCUCAGGCUCCAUUUGGUGGCUUUAAGAUGUCCGGAAACGGGAGGGAAAUGGGUGAAUAUGGUCUCCAAGAAUACACAGAAGUAAAGACCGUUACGGUCAAAAUCCCACAAAAGAACUCUUAAACCGGAUACAGUACCAAGGACCACGCUGGCAGCCAACGCUCCUACUGUCAACACUGGAGAUAAACUGGUCCACGUGAUUUAAUAUUAUCACUGUUAUCAUUUUAUUAUUAUUGUUGUUGUUGAUAUUGUUGCCAUUAAUAUUACUAUUAUAUUUUGUAAUUAUUAAAAUAAGCAUGAGCGAGUUGAAAAUAGUCCGUUGAGGUGAGACUGUAAAGACUUGAAGGAGGUUGAGUGAAGAUGAGGAUCAUUAUAGCUGUGACUCCAGAAGCAUUUUGCGUGAUUGCGUGUUACGUGAAUGGUCAUACAACAUUGUAAUUACAGAGCCAAUACUUCCAGUCAGUUAUGCUUGGGGUUGGUACAUGGGAAAUUGGGAAUGGUCAGUGUAAAUAUAUUACUGUGUAUUAUUGUAAAUGUUUUGUAUUUUGAAAAUGAUGUGACGGAAACAGUCAUGUGUCUAAUUCUUGGAUAGCAAACAAUGACAUAAGAUUACACUCAGCCAAUCAGAAUAAUGAACAUGAUGCAUAACAA